ACAUUGGACCACCUCAUCUCCCCACUCCUCUCCGCCUUCACAGUCCCUGUUUUUGGGAACAUUUCUCUUUCUCUCUGUCAAUCUCUCCCAUCUCUCCGCCCUCUCUCUCCCAUUCCCAAAAAAGAACAAGAACAGGAAGAACAGGGAAGAACAGGUAGAAGAAGAAGAAGAAGCUGAAGCAAGUAAAAGGACGCCUAUUUUUGGACGGAUUUAUCCCAUUGACCCAUUAAACAGAGAAGGAAGCACAGAGCAAAAGAAGAAACACUUUCAGAGCAGAAAAGAGAGAGAGAAAGCUUAUAAACGUACACAGAUUAUGAUUAUUCAUUGCUCCCACCACCACCAUCUCAUCAUCACCUCUUUCUCUUUCUCUUUUCCAUACUUAACCCAUCAUUUCUUCUAAGAAACAACCAUAAACAGAUUCCUACGCCGUCGCCGUCGCCGUCGCCGUCGCCGCCCUCCUCCUCCUCUUAUCUCAUCUGGGUAGAACAAGAACAAGCUGUCGGACAAAGGGAUUCCGAAUUAAAGUCAGUAAUUUUGUGGUUGUUGAUGGCUCGAGAGCUUUGUGAAGGUGAAGAGAAACCGAACGAGAUGGUAGUUGGAGGAGGAGGAUUUUACUACAAUUCGAAUUCUAACUUGAACAUCCAAACCCAAUUCACGAGCCAGAUCCAAACUGGGUUUGGAUCCGGCGGCGAUACGGCGGAGAUGUUCAAUUUGGGGACGAACGAGUCAACCGGCGGCGAUGAGUUUCAUCAGAACAUGAUGGUGGUUGGGCCGUGGGGGACAGCAGCGCAAGACAGCAAUAACAGAUUCCAUUUAGUCGAUGAUGAUUCUGCUUUGAGAUGCGUGUUUCCAUGUGAACCCAAUGAGAGGCCAAGCCAAGGCCUUUCUUUGUCUCUUAGUUCCUCUAAUCCUUCUUCUAUUGGCUUACAAUCUUUUGAACUCAGACCCCAACAAAAUCAACACCAAUCAUCGUCUCUCCCCAUUUUUCAGCUUCGAAACUCCAGGUUUCUGGCCCCAGCUCAGGACCUUCUUUAUGAGUUUUGUAGCCUUGGAAUCACCAUUAACAACAACAACAAACAAGGCCUUGAUUUUUCUUCUUCACCAAAACACAAAGGGAAUAGGCCAAAACAAUGGGAAAUGGAAGAUGGGUCUUCUUCUACCAAGAUUUCUCUCCAAUCACUUGAUUUCAUGGACUUGCAAAGGAGAAAAACCAAGCUCUUUUCCAUGCUUGAAGAGGUUGAAAGAAGGUAUAGGCAUUACUGCGAGCAAAUGAAGGCGGUGGUGGCAUCAUUCGAGGCGGUGGCAGGGAGUGGGGCGGCGAGGGUAUACUCGGCGUUGGCUUCGAAGGCGAUGUCCAGGCAUUUUAGGUGCCUAAAAGAUGGGAUUGUGGGACAAAUUCAGGCCACAAAAAAGGCAAUAGAAGAAAAGGAUCCAAUUACUCCAGGCACCACAAGAGGAGAAACGCCAAGGCUUAAAGUCAUCGAUCAAGCUUUAAGGCAACAAAGAGCUUUCCAUCAAAUAAGCAUGAUGGAGAGCCACCCAUGGCGCCCUCAACGUGGCCUCCCUGAGCGUUCUGUUUCUGUUCUUCGCGCUUGGCUUUUCGAACACUUUCUUCACCCGUACCCUAGCGAUGUGGAUAAACAUAUUUUAGCUCGCCAAACUGGUCUCUCAAGAAGCCAGGUGUCGAAUUGGUUCAUUAAUGCGAGGGUGAGGCUGUGGAAGCCAAUGGUGGAAGAGAUGUAUUUAGAAGAAACCAAGGAGCAAGGAGAAGAAAUCAACAACAAUUUUAAUGGCCAUUCUUCCGAUGGGGUGGCGGAUUUCGACGACGAAAUCGAUGGUCAUCGAUUGAUCCCGACACGGUUGGUGGAUCAAAAGCCAACGCCAGACCAACUCUUGAGAAUUGAGUCGGAAUGUAUGUCUUCAAUCAUCUCUAACAACUCAGAAAAGAACGGUUCAAGAAGCAUGAGAGCAAUGGAAAACCAGAGUUUUGGGCGAGUUGGCGCUGAUGCAUUUGGCACAGUGGAGCUUGACUUCUCAUCGUACAACCACCACCACUCUAGUAGCGGUGGCGGCGGAGUGUCGUUGACAUUAGGGUUACAGCAACAUGCAACACAAAGCUCAGUUUUCUUCAGAAGUGAUGAAAUGGAAGAGUGUGAACCGGUUCAAUAUUCACUUUUAGAUGGAGAAACUCAGAAUCUUCCUUACAGAAAUUUGAUGGGUGCUCAAUUGCUUCAUGACUUGGCCGAAUAAUGACACACCUGAAAAAGCAUCUACAAAAUUGAAAAGGGUCAUUGAAAAAUACGAGAUUUUUUAGGUAUAGAUAACCCAAUAGCUUCAAAUACUCCAAAUACAUAAUAUACGUAAAGCUUUUUGUAUACUUGGGGGAGGGCUCGUUGACGACGAUGAUAAUGAUAUGGAACUAGAAAUAUACUAAUGGAAUGGAUGGUUGUGAUUUUAAUUUAUAGAUAUUAUGAAUUUAAUUUGUGUGUAUUGAAUAUUGAAUAUUAUAUGGCUACAAAUUGAGAUUGAGGCC